AGCCAGGCUUUUGGCAGCGGACUCGCGGUGCCGAAGUCGUUGUAGAGAGCCUUUUGGGGGCCCUUUUCCCAAUUAUAAAAGGAGAAGGUUGCCUAUGUGAUGGCCUGCGUUUGCGCGAACAAUUCUUAAGUUUCCCGAAGCCGAAGGCCAUAUUUUAUUCUCUGAGAUUUGGAGAGACCAUCGUUAUCGGUUGAUAAAUCUUUUACGUUGCUAAGGACUUGUAGUUGGAAGUUUAUUUAUUGGGAGAUGGCGGAGGAGGGUCACAGGGUUACCUUGAAUGUGUAUGAUCUCAGCCAAGGAUUGGCACGCCAGCUUUCAACGACAUUUUUGGGUAAAGCUAUUGAGGGAAUUUGGCACACAGGAGUAGUGGUAUAUGGUAAUGAAUACUAUUUUGGGGGAGGCAUACAGCAUGACCCUGCUGGAAGAACUCCAUAUGGAACACCAAUUAAAGUGGUAGAUUUGGGCAUCACACAUGUACCGAAAGAUGUUUUUGAGGUGUAUUUGCAGGAAAUUAACCCCCGCUAUACUGCUGAAACAUACAGUUUGCUUACUAACAAUUGUAACAACUUCAGCAAUGAGGUUGCACAAUUUUUGGUGGGUGCAACCAUUCCAGAAUAUAUUCUUCAGCUCCCUAAUGAAGUUAUGAGCAGUCCAAUGGGUGCUCUUAUAAUGCCAAUGAUACAAAAUCUAGAGACAACAUUGAGAGCUGGAGCUGUCCCACAAGCUCCACAAUUCAGGCCUCAGUCAUCAAUAGCUGUUCAUAAAUCCUCAGUUAAUGGUCCUAGUGCAUCCACACACACAGUUGUUAGUGUGAGCAAUGAGGAGGUGAAAUCUGAAGACACUAAGUCUGAGGAGAAAACAGUAUCAGAGAAGGCAGUACCUCCUGCUGUCAAACCUUCAAGAGUAGAGAAGCAGUCGAUCAAUGGGGUUGCAGGCGACACUUUUGGGGAUGCUCGGAGCAAGGUGCAGGAGGAGAUCAGUCGUGAAUUUGCUGCAAUCAUGGCUACUGGUACAUUGCGUGCAAGUGAAGCUGCGGCCCUUGCGACUAGGAGAGUGAUGCAAAGAUAUGGGAAUCUGAAUGUUGCAGUGAAUCAGAGUUAGAAAUGGUGACUGGAAUUGAUUUUAGAUAUUGUUGUCAUUUGUCGAAUGAGAAGUUAGAGACUCCAUAUGAUGAAAUUUCAUGGUCAGAUUUAUUUUGGCUUAAUGCAUAUGAAUACUUGUGGGAAAUGUGCAAUUGAGCCAUUCACGUUACAUUUUGUUUAAUUGAAUACAAAACUUUUAUUUUAUGUUCAAUUGAACCUUUAAUAAACUAGUGUUUGCACAA